CCCUAGGAAAAAAGAGGCCUGUGCGCUUGAAUUGGCACUCAGUCGGUUCAUCCACACCAGCUGCUCACACCUCACUCUGUCCAAUCGACGCUCCUGAGGCGCAGCGUCACUGCAGAGGCCAAACCGACCGGGCUUCAUUCCUCAAGUCACAUCAGUACAGUCGCAUGGUGUGGCUCUAAACCACAGUUGAAUACCAGUUUAGGCUCCAAAGAUAACUGCAUUACGCAUGUAGGACCCUUUGUUCCUGCUCACAGUACGGAGCGGUCGACUUCACAACUGUAGGAUGGUGCUGUGGCACCACGGCCAUCUUACGUUAACGGACAAAGUUUGAUCCCUGUGUUCAUCAGAGCACAACAGGUCAGCCAUCCUUGGUGAGUCAUCUUUUCCAAUGUAUGUUAGAGGAGGGGAGAUAACCAGACACAGAAAUUCAUCUUGACAUUGUAACCGUCACUUGUUCUCCGGCCCAACCAUGAGGGACAGACUGAGCAACCUGCAGGAACUGUCCAACGGCCAUGUGGAGCAGAUGGAGUAUGCGGAGUCCACUGUCUCCGAUGCCUUCAGUAACGUGGACCUGGAGGAGGAGUUGCCCCAUGAGGCAGUGGUGUUUGACAACAGCCCCGCUCUGGUCGAGGUCUUCUCCCAGUCGCAGGACAUCCACAGAGAGAUCCAGCUCAUCCGCCUGGAGAACAAAAGGCUCCGUGAGCAGAACUCUCGCAUACUCCAGGGCGUCACCACCAUGAGCACUAUCAAAAGAGACUCCAAUGCUAUUGGUGCUGAUAUAAAGACUCGGGCUGAGGAUGUGCUGGGACGCCUGAAGGAAAUGGACAACACAGCCCACAAGCUAGAAGAAGAACACGGCUCAAAUUCCGCCGUCACACGUAUUGCCAGAACCCAGUAUGCUUGCCUCAGCAAUGGCUUCCGCGAUGCCAUGUUUGACUAUAAUGAGGCCGAGAUGAGCCAUAGGGAGAACUGUAAAGCCCAGAUCCAGAGGCAGAUGGAGAUAGUGGGACGUGAGGUGUCAGGAGAGGAGGUGGAGGAGAUGAUCGAGAAGGGUCAGUGGAACAUCUUUACUGACAACGUCAUGGCUGAGGGUAAAACGGCUCGAUCUGCUCUGUCCCAGAUUGAGAAACGCCACCAAGAAUUGCUGGACCUUGAGAGCCGUAUCCAGGGCAUCCAUGAGAUUUUCCUGGACAUUGCUAUGCUGGUGGAGGAGCAAGGCCCCAUGCUGACCACCAUCCAAACCAAUGUUCAGAAAACUGAUGAAGGCAUACAGGAGGCCCUCGUCAAACUGGGCAGGGCCAAACGUCAUGACAAGAACAACCCCUUUAGAAAGAUGUUUUGCAGCUGUUUCCCAUGUGUCGAAUAAUGACUGAACAGGAGAGAAAUGGGCAGAGGGAUGGCAAAAUAUGCAAAGAGAAGUGGAAAAUCUUAAUGACAUGAAAUAAUUUCUGUAUGUUUCAUUAGCACACUUGUCUUACUGACCUGUAGAGCUGUAGAUAUAAAAAACAGGAAGUGAAAUAAAGGUUUUAUGUGUAUAGAGAGACAAUAAUGCUCAGAUAAAAUAUUAAAAAAUGUAUUUCGGUAAUUCAUUGAUGUCUGUAAUGUUUGUAUGAGAGGCUUAAGGCAGGUAUCUCAAAUCAGAAUUCACCCCCCCAUGACUGAGGUGUGGGGCAGACCUGAAACAAAUAGUACCUGAAAUUAUUGUUCAUGUUUUUAUAGCCUGAUGAGUUUUUACCAAAUCACACAACUCAAAGAUUGAUGAUGAUGACGUUUGCAGAUCAAUUCAAAGAUGGGAUAUAUGUUUGUGCGGGUCAUGCUACCCGAAACAAUGAUUCCUGAUGCAGUAAAAUAUCCAAGUAGUCAAGCCGAAAGAAAUGUUAUGAUAUGCACCUAAAACAUGUUCAAGUGUCUGUAAAAACAGAUAUCCUAAAUGUAUGGCUGAAAGGAAUUGUUUUAAAAAUUGUACAGUUUAUGGGGUUGAUUCAACUGUAAAUAUCCUCUGCCUUACUAUAUAUAUAAAUUAUGAAAUGCUUGUGUUGAUAGUAACCAGUCAUACCGUAUUCACACUGUCAAAAUCCGCUAUUAUUCCUCAUAUUUACCAUCUCUUUGAGGACACAGUAAGUGAGGAGCGGCCGCAGUUUUACUAUAUGUUUUACUAGAUUCUAAAUGUUAUGCAGGGGUGUCAGGGAUCACACUUUUGAUGUGCUGUGAUGUACCCCUAUCUGCUACUUUUCACUGCUACUUGUCUGACUUUAUGUAUGAUAAUACCUUUCUUCUGUUGUGUCAUGUAUAUUACAUAAAUAGUUAUAUUAA